GCACUCAGUUAGGAGUGAUCGGUCACUGUUACUACACACUACUAGAGUAGUUGUACUCAGAGGUGAGCACACAGAGUUGCUACACACUACUAGAGAGUGCUUGUGCUCAGCCAGUGUUCACUCAGCAUUACUACACACUACUAGAGAGUGCUUGUACUCAGCCAGUGCUCACUCAGCACUGCACUCACACACUCCUGAGGAUUCCCACAGCUCAGAUAUUCUCAGGAUGGUCCCCCGUCAUAUCAAGCAACGGUGGGCAGGUUUGUCGAGACAGCGAGUCAGAGACGGGAUCGUCACCGCUCACACCUGGUAGUGUACUGCAUCAUGUUUGUUAUGGCAAUAGGUAUGUCCUCUAUCCUGGGUAUGUGGCCCUACCUACACGAAGAGCUGGUACCAUCCACCACCAAGAAGUCACUGGGAUGGGUAGUAGCAGUCAACCCUCUUGGACAGAUGUUAGCAGCACCUGCCCUGGGCCUCUGGGCCAACAAGACCGGUUCCAUCAGGGCUGUCAGUAUAACAUCAGUAGUGAUGUUCAUGGUAGGGAACAUCAUGUACGCUCUCCUGGCUGUCUUCAAGAAUACGGGAGAGAUGGGACCAUACUACGCCAUGAUGGUCUCCAGGUUCAUCUUGGGUGUCAGUUCAGCCUUAUCAUCAGUGUGUAGGACAUACAUGGCCAGCUCCACCACCCUGGAAGAACGAACCUUCUCUCUGAGUAUGUUGUCAGUGGGCCAGGCCACUGGCGUUAUUAUUGGACCAAUUCUACAGGCUGUGCUGACUUUGACCAUCCCGGAUAACUUGGACACUGGUGUCGAAUGGUUCCAGUGGAACAAGUACACUGCUCCAGCCUGGAUCAGUGCUGUCCUGGCAGUGAUCAACCUGGUUAUCCUGCUGCCUUGUGUGUUCCAAGAGCACAACAUCUCCAAGAAUGAGAAAGACUUCAUGACCUCGUCUAAUGGGCCCGAGAACCAGGUGAAGCUGCCUAGUCCUGAUUACCGACCUAUCGCUGGUAUCCUCUACGCCCGAUUUGCUAUCACAUUCAUCGCCGUAUUAAUGGAGGCUAUACUCAUCCCUCUGGUGAUGGACCAGUAUGCCUGGUCGGAGAACAGGGCCAUGGUCGGGAUGGCGAUUGCUGUGAGUGUCGCUGGAGUGUUGAACAUCAUUAUGUACUUUUUAAGUGGUGUAUUAUCCAGGAAGUUCGACGAGAGGUUGCUCGCCUUGCUUCUAGGAUUGUUGCCUAUGAUGGUGGGUCUCUUCCUCUUCAUCCCAUGGGGCCAUGGCGUCAUCCCCAUGCAGCACUGUGACCAGGUUAAUGUGACAGAUGCUGUUCCGUCCACCACCCAGACAGUGCAGAUGCAGCAGCUGAGUCAGUACCAAGCGGGAAUGUUAGCUGACGAUGCCGAUGAUGACGAACACUGUUCAGAGGGCUGUCCUCCCAUCCAGGAAUGGUGCUACAACACUCCCCAGUUACCGGGAAUUCAGCUUAUUAUCGCCUUCAUCAUUGCCAUAGUGGGUUUCCCGGUAGCACAGGGCAUUCUACUGGGUAUAUUCUCUAAAAUCCUUGGCCCCAGGCCCCAGGGACUUUGGAUGGGUGUUGUAGGAACCGCUGGCAGCAUUUCCCGUAUAAUCGGCCCUAUCAUUGUCACCUACAUAUACGAGGAGUUUGGCACCAGAUGGUGCUUCGGGAUACUCUCCUUGAUUAACGCAGUGGCACUUGUUGAACUGGCACUUCUAUAUCGUCGUUUAAUUCCAAUGAAGUUGCCAAAUAGGGAAAUUAAUGCUUAUGACGGACCAGCAUCUCCAGAACACUCCAGCUAGUGUGGGUGUGUACUGGCCUAGUUGUGGUUGCAGAGGUUGAGUCACAGCUCCUGGCCCCACCUCUACACUGGCCGCUACUCGGUCACUCUUCAGGCUCUAUGAGCUUUAUCUUACCUCCUCUUAAAGAUAUGUAUGGAUCCUACCUCCACUACAUCACUACCCAGACUAUUCCACUUCCUGACAACUCUGUGGCUGAAAAAAUACUUCCUAACAUCCCUGUGAUUCAUCUGAGUCUUCAACUUCCAACUGUACACUGUACACAGUGUACAGGGUCCUGAAUAACUCUUUAUUUAGAUGUCGGAAUAUUGUUCUUAGGUUCGUCAUUCGCCCGUAUACCUAAGAACACCAUUCCGACAUCUCUGUGU